ACGACUCAAGUUCGAGACUUAUUAUUUUCCCAAACCCCAUCCUUCAAUUCCACUCUCUACCUACUCAUCCAUUCUUUCUUUUUCUUCCUCACUCUUACCUUACCCUAUUCUUAUAAUACCCCGAUUUCCUCAAAAUGCCCUCCCUCCCCCUCCGCAUAGCCAUCCUCGAAUGCGACACCCCCCUCCCCAACACCCGCACCAAAUACGGCAGCUACGGCGGCGUCUUCACCUCACUCCUGCACGCCGGCGCCUCCUCCCUCAACCACCCAGGCCUAACAUCCACCUCCGGCCUCACCCUCUCCACCUUCGACGUCGUAACCGCACAAGCCUACCCCUCACUAGAAACCAUCGACGCGAUCCUGCUCACGGGAUCAAAACACAACUCCUUUGACGACGACCCGUGGAUCUUGAAGCUGGUGGAGUUUGUGAGGAGCGUGCUGCGCCAGAGGAGGGUGAGGAUUGUAGGCGUUUGUUUUGGGCAUCAGAUUCUGGGCAGGGCGUUGGGCGCGAAGGUUGGGAGGAGUGAGAGGGGGUGGGAGAUUAGUGUUACGGCUAUGGAUUUGACGAAGAAGGGGCAGGAGCUGUUUGGGAGGACGUCGUUGGCUCUAUACCAAAUGCACAGAGACAUCGUGUUCGACUACCCUGAAGGCGUCGAACCUUUAGCAUCUACAGACCGUUGUGCAAUCCAGGCGAUGUACGUCCCUAAAAGAUACAUCUCUGUUCAAGGGCAUCCCGAAUUCACGGAAGAGAUCAUGAGGGAGAUUGUCCAGUUACGGCAUUCGACGGGAUUGUUUACAGAUGAGAUGGAGAAGGAUGCUAUUGAGAGGGUGGACAGGUAUCAGGAUGGCGUGACAGUUGCACAGGCUUUUUUGAAGUUCUUGCUGGAGGAAUAGAAUGUGAGGGGAUUUGUUUUACUGCUGUUGCGAUUGAGCGUAGAAUGAAUAUAGAUUUUGAUUUAUUUCACUGACUGGGUAAGGUUCUUGAGAUUUCCUGGGUCGCCAUUUUUGGCUUUUGGAGCUUAAAUGAUUUGUAUAAGCCUUAUGUAAAGAACCUUAGCCUGCAUGCAGAUACCCUAUCCCCUAAACUUCACUUAAGACUGGUCGCCGGGAAAUAUUCAGGUGUGAUAAUCUCGAUGUUAUCUCUUCUGAGUUCAGCUCUCGCCGUCAAAAUCAAUUCCUCAACCAGUACUCCC